AAUUUACGGACAACGCCUGAACGCACCACAAACCUCGUGUGUGCUUAUGUGAGUAUGAGCGUCUCUGUGUGUGUGCGCGCGCUCUGUUUGCGAGGCGGAGUUGCGUGCGAAGAGCUCGACAUGUCAUUCAGAGGAAUCCGCCACCUGAAAGGCAAGGAAGUGAAGGCGUCUCAAUUGGGUAUAAAGCAUCAGGCAACAUCUGCCGCGAGCACUACAAAGCUGAUGAAAACAUCAGCACGGAUCUGUGCGAUUGAUUUUGAUUCUCCCGUGGAUUUAUCACUUGCCACUUUUGAGUGGGCGCACCCCCCUCGAGACGCAUCUCUGUUUUUUGCGCUUAAUGUGACUCCACUGAAACACUAGACUGGACUUAACUGACAAGCACCGCGUGUCCCGCGCACCUGUUACCUCCACGGAGCGCAAGAUCAUGAUCCCUCCUGGAGAUUGCAUGUACGCGGGAAGGAAGCGGAGGAAGCCAGUCCAAAAGCAAGCAAGACCAUCAGGGCUCGGACAGCUGACAGUGAAGCCGUCCUCCGCCAAUGAGAAAACGAACCCAUCCAAGCGGCACCGGGACAGGCUGAACGCCGAGCUGGACCGGCUGGCCAGCUUGCUGCCCUUCCCGCCGGACGUCAUCUCUAAACUGGACAAACUGUCUGUGCUCCGCCUUGCAGUUUCCUACCUCCGCGUCAAGAGUUUCUUCCAAGCAAAUCAAGACAAAGCGACGAGGAAACACAUCAACAUUGCAUCCUCCAACCCCGAACCGGGCAGGAAAGAGAGUGUCCCAGUGUGCACGGGUGUCAAUGAAAGCAGCCUCCUCUUGGAGUCUCUGACAGGAUUUGCCCUGGUGGUGAGCAGUGACGGAAUGGUCUUUUAUGCCUCGUCAACCAUUGUGGACUAUCUGGGAUUCCAUCAGACUGAUGUGAUGCACCAGAAUGUGUUUGACUACAUCCACAUAGAUGACCGCCAGGAAUUCAAAAACCAGCUCCACUGGGCCAUGUGUCCUCCACACACCCAGGGGACGUCAGCGCAUCAGGAUGCCCAGCUCGCUACAGGGACUGGUGACGAGUUUGUGGUGAACAGCCUGUUCCACUCUCCAGACGCGGGGGGCAUUCCUCCUGAGCUCUCCUGCUUUCUAAACAGAUGUUUCAUAGCAAGGGUUCGGUGUCUAUUGGACAGCACAUCUGGAUUCUUGACAAUGCAGUUUCAGGGUCGGCUGAAGUUUCUCCAAGGACAGAAAAAGAAAUCAGCCUCCGGGGCUCCACUUCCUCCCCAGCUGGCUCUCUUCUGCAUAGCUGUACCCCUUUUACUGCCCUCUAUUACAGAGAUGAAAAUGAAGAACAUGUUAAUGCGCGGAAAGAACAAGAGCGGAGGAGGGAUUAUCUCGGCAUUGGAGCAUGGCGAACGAGGGGAACACCUCCGAAGGCACUCCUUCAGUGGUGGUAUGGGAGAUGUAACGGACCCCCUCCUCCUUUCCUGUCCAACCACAGGAAACACUCAGAGGGGCCACCACACUCCUUGGACUCCACUCACCAAAGACAACCUCAAGUUCCGCCCCGAUGGCUACUACAACCAGGAAGAGCCCCUCAAUUUCUGCAAGUCAUCAAUGUCUUCCCAGAAGGGCCUGGGUCCAGGCUUGGGGAGCGGUUGGCCUCUCCGGUCAAACUCGGGCCCCCUUAGAACGGGCCAGGGUGUCGGCUACAUCCCGACUAACCGUUUGAACAAGGCCGGCCAAUAUGGGAAGCCGUACAGGCUUUCUCCUAGCUGCCACAGCGGCAGGAACGGCGAGGUGUUUGUCUCCAAGCUGUACAGUAGCUUGCAGAUUCCUGCUGACCCGGACGCCUACUGUGUGGAUUUAGUUAAGAGUGAGAACGGCUACGGCGAAUGCUACGACGGUCAACUUAUGCCACCCAUCAAAGUCGAGCACGACUCCGACUCGGAGAAUGGCUGCGAUCCCUUUGGGCGACCCUGGGCACAUCGGGAUCCGGACGCUAUUGACCGUCGCUACGGCAAUGGGGUGUACGACCAGGGCUCUGGCAUCCAUCUUAAAUCUGAGGCGGAUUACUACGAUCUGCAGUACUCGCCCUGUCAACGGGCCAAAGUGGGGAUCAGCCCGCCGUACAACAGCGGCAACUAUCAGAACUAUGCAGUCAACAAUAGCGGACGUUUGUUAAAAUGUGACAAAGACUUGGGCAAUAACAACGGCGACAACAGUCAGUUCAGCCCUCAGAGACUCUCUCACUCCCAAUGCGGCAAUCAAUCGAUCAACCUCAUCGACUCUCACAUCUACCAACAGGAGCCUCAAAAGCCAUAUAUGCACCAGGACUUCAACAAGCACGGCACUUACGAGUUCAAAGGUCACGGGCUGAUCCAUUCCAUCAAAAGGGAGCCCAUGGACUCGCCACCGUGGACCGAGGGUGGCCAUGACAUGAGCCAACCCAUGAUGGUUGGUCCAAGGAACAUUAUGCCAUGUGUGAGCACAGGGCACCACAAAAACAGCCCUUACAUUUACAUGCCCUAAAAUAACCGCUGCGAGUCAGCCACUGUCAUCGACCACACACGCAUGCAAGACACUCAUACACACACUUCUAGGCCUCUGAAGGCUACAUAUGAGAAAAAUCGUGAAACCCCUACCACCCCUCAAAAAUUAAAUACACGACGAUGGAGAAGCAAGGAUCUUUGAAUAAUUUACAUAAAACAAAUCAUGUGUAAUUAAUAGUGAAGGCAAAUGUUGCUCUAUUAAAAACAAAAAAAGACAAGAAUUGCUGACAUCUCAAUCCAGGGUCGACAGUACACUAGUGGCACAUAUAGGGCCACAUUUGGGAGAUUCCUGAAUCCUGAGAUGUCAUUCUAGUUAUGUCAUUGAUAUCGACCGGUGAUUCAAGUAAAUGUUACUCACUUAGAUUUCUUGAAAUAAGAAAAAUAUCUAGCUUAAAAAAAGCUUAACAGUCUUAUUUUAAGCAAUAAAUUAAUACUGUAUAUUUAAUCUUCAAAACGGUUGUCAGAAAUGUUCUUAAUUCAAGAAUAGAUAUUGUUCAAAACAUUAUUCGAAAGCAAUUUUUUCUUGAUUUAGGUGAAAAAUGACCAACUUUUACAUGUAUGGGCUUAUUAAGAACAAAUAGUAAUGUUUACUUAAAGGCUAGGUUCAUACCGCAGGUCUUAAUGCAGGAAUCCGAUUUUUUUUUUCUCGUGUUUUUCCGACUCGAGUGAGGCAUUAACUUGAUGGUCUGAACGGGAGAAGUCUCAUAAAAGUGGACCAUUUCAAAUCCGAUCUAGGUCACUUUUGUAUGUGUUUAAAAUCCGAGAAUGUGGCUGCGGUCUGAACUGUCAAGUCUCCCAAAUCGGAAUUCAUGCAGCAAUUAUGUCAGCAAAGAGCGAGAGAGACAGGGCACCACGGUAGCGAUGGAGCUGUAGCAUUAGCGCCUAACUUGAACGUGGCUUUUAAGGAAAAGGCGGGCUUGACAAGAGUUAUUAAAAAAAAAUAAAUGGGUGUUGGGAUAAGCCUGAGAAUGCUCGGUUUUCUCUCUUUGUUCAGAAUGAGCGAUAUUUCAAGAUUGCUUACAAGACCGAGUCCCAAGAGAGUCGGGGCAAACUGUCCGUAUGUGUGUGUGUCAUGUACGGACAGUGCGUGCAUGCUAUCGACCCUAAUAACUUUGAAUAUAUGACUAAACGGGUAUUGUUUAUGUCUGUUAUUUGUGUCCUCUUUUUGGAAAUCAAAAUAUGAUCACCCUUGAAUGACGUUGAGCCAGCAUGUGUGGUCAUUUGUUUUGACACUCCUGCGCAUGCGGGUCAGUUUGCUCAGCGCAUCUCAGACUGCGAAUUACUGCGAGUGCGCGAUAUUUGAACAGGCUCAAUGAACAAAGGCAAUCUGAAGGGGUACUUCUAAAAAACAGAUAUUGACAAAAAAUCGGAAUCUUGCAUUAAAACAAGCGGUAUGAACCUACCCUAAUUGGAAUUGGAAUAAUCCGACGCAUUAAUCUGUUAAGUAGCUUAACACUUAAAACAAGAUGGAGAAAAUUAUUUGACUAGAUUUAAGAAAAAAUACCAGAUUGAGAUGUUAUAAAUUUGCAUUGUGGGGCCCCUUCAGCAAUUUUAUUUGGAUUGGUUGCCCUCUGCACACCAGGGUUUGUCCAGACUAGUUUACCUAACUACUCCACAUUGUCGUUUUGAAUUUGACGUCGACUAAUCGCAAAUCAUUUUUUCUUUUUAGGCCUGGAAAGGCCGCAGAACAUUUAUAGCAACAAAUGAAAAAAAAAAACAUUGGUGAAUAUAGAUUAUUGCAAGACAUUUCUUUCUCCUGUGAAAUUUUAAAACUCUAAUAACGUACUAAAACAACUAAUUCACAUUAGUCAAAUUAUGAAAUCUGGUCAUGCAACUUUUACUGCAUUCACUGCACAUUCACACACAAAUGCACAAACAAGAUGUAGAGUAGUAUUCUUAUUGUCCUUCACAUUUACCAGCAUAAUAUGCAGAACUUCAAAAUUCUUCCAUUUAAAAAAAAAGGUGACAUGUGAGACUCAGGUUCUAUUGUUAGUGUCAUGACAAUCAAAAACAAUAUGGUGAAUCAAACCUAUGAAUAGUUUUGUCCUUUGUAGUUCCAAGCACUUUUGGAUUUAGUGACAACGGGUCAAAUAAUGUCCAAACACGCCAUUUAUUUCAUGUGUUGUGCACACCCAUUGUUUGACGUUUCGCUGUGAUGUUGUUAACCAAUUUAAACUUGCUACGCAACGGAUGACUCACCUCUGCCACUAGGUUUAUUCUGAAAGGCUCAACCUUCUGUUUUUAUUUUGGAAUGUGCUUGAUGAUCUUUGGACCUUGGUAGUUUUGCAUGUUUUAGCACUUUAACCACAAAUCGCCCACAAAUGAAGAACACUGGGAUUGUUUCUAUUCAAUAUAACAACAAAAUACGUACAUCAGCUCGCAAAGUAAUGAGUUAAUGGAGGAACAAUUGCGAAUUCGUCAGAAAUAGACAGUGGAGUGUGUUGUGCCUUAAAAGUAACACGUUUCCUAGUUUUUUAGUGCCACCUACUGCAAAAUUAAAUCUCACAACGAAACUUCUGUGCGACAGUUGUAACAAAGUGAGUAGGCAAGUAUCCUCGUAGACCCUUCUAGUAACAGCAAAAUUCCCACUUGAUUUGAUUUCUAUUUUCAUUAUUUACUAUUGAAAAUCAGUAUUUCCGAAUUCAAACAAAUCAUAAAUUGACCAACAUCCCAGAAUGGAAUCCACUGUCCAGAAACCUGACAAUAUUGCUGAGUGUAUGCAAUUUACAGUAAAUUGACCAAAACAUGUAAAACUGGUGUUUCAAUUGUAGCUUUAAGUAUUAUUCACUACUCAUAACUAUCAAAUACUGCCAUAUUAAAUAAUUUGAGUACAUAGGAAAGCCACAAACGCAUAACUAAUUUGGGCCUGAGUUAAAAGUUGUCUCCGUGAAUGCAAAACUCAUAAAAAAUGUUUUUUUUUUUUGUUUUUUUAAAGGUUGGAAUAAAAA